GGUAGCCUUCAGAACACCGGGGGUUUCCAAGUUGGUGUAGCAGCCAAUGGCUAGACCUAAGUAGCAUUGCCUCCCUUUUUAGACAGGGCAUGUGCUCUCUUAUUUUUAUUUUGUAUGUGUGUUUAAGCCAGAAGGAGGGUGAAUUUUCAGUGUUUCCUUCCCAGAAUUGAGGCAUCCUUUGGACCAGGAAUGUGAGGUGGCCUGGGAAGGGAGAAGAUCUUUCUGCUGGUUCUCAUCUACAGAAAAAAGCUAAACUCCUUAACUUGGCCCACAGUUAGUGCCAGUUUCUGAUCUGGCACCACCUGGCUUUCCCUCUCCAUCCUGUCCUUUCAACUUCUAGUCAGGAAUAGGCCCUUCCAAUGGCUUUGUGCUCCUGUCCAGGCUGUUUUCUCUGCUUGGAAUGCCUUGCCCUGGCCUGCUUACUUGGCAUGUUCUCGCUAAUGUUUCACUCUUUUUUGUGUUUUCUGCUGGAAAGAGACUGACCCAACUUUGGGUCCCAGUUGAGGCAGGUGUGCCUGUGGCAUACAUUAUGGGUAAUAUUCUUACCCCUGGCUUCUUGUGUUUAUUUUUUCCUGUGUUUAUUUUUAACCCUAAUUUUUAAUUCACUCAGAUUUUCUCUUUUACUUAUCUUUCAUGUUGUUCCAGCUCUGUAUUUGAAAAGCUCUUGUAUGUCCUUUUGGGUACAAAACUGGGGAUAAAUAAAUAUGCUAUGGCUCCCAGCACCCUCACCCCAAGUUAACUGUUCUCUUUUCCUCCAGCUCUUUAGUGACACUUCUGUAAGCGCACUUAACAGUGUGAUUUUUCAGUGUACGUGUCUGUCUUCCUCCAGCUACACUCUGCUCCUCCAGGGCGGGCACCAUGUUGCACGCAUCUUUAUCCCCAGCAUCUAGCAGUGCUGGCAUGUAGUUGGCACUCCAGGAAUGUAUGUUGAAUGAACGAUGCCUGUGACAAGCAACUGGACUUUAUUCUUUCCUGACCCUUGCUCCUAUGACACACCUCUCCCUGGCUGACCCUGUCAGAACCUCUCUUCUCUGGGGAGGAAGCUGGAAGGCAAACAGCCAUGGCCAAGGACGUCCUGGCUGAAGCCGGGCUGCACUUUGAUGAGCUGAACAAGCUGCGGGUGUUGGACCCGGAGGUUACCCAGCAGACCAUAGAGCUCAAGGAAGAAUGCAAGGCCUUUGUGGACAAAAUUGGCCAGUUUCAGAAAAUAGUUGGUGGCUUAAUUGAGCUUGUUGACCAACUUGCAAAGGAAGCAGAGAAUGAGAAGAUGAAGGCCAUUGGUGCUCGGAACUUGCUCAAAUCUAUAGCAAAACAGAGAGAAGCCCAACAGCAGCAACUCCAGGCACUAAUAGCAGAAAAGAAAAUGCAGCUUGAAAGGUAUCGGGUUGAAUAUGAAGCUUUGUGUAAAGUAGAAGCAGAACAAAAUGAGUUUAUUGACCAAUUUAUUUUUCAGAAAUGAACUGAAAAUUUCAUUUUCUAGCAGGAGGGCAAAAAAAGGAAAAAAACCCCACAACCCCCAAACCAAAACCACCUCUGCACCAUUCCAUGACCUGACCAGUGACCCAGGGGUGUCAUGUGAGAAGCUGUGUGAGGAACUGCAGCAUCUCUGCAGGCAAUAACAAACCUGGGGGAAUUUGUUUCGGAUGUCAGUGCAUGUCUGCAGGCGAACAUCCAGGGGCCAUCGUGGCCCAGGUUCUCACCUCUUGCAUUCUCAGUCUGAACUGAGCAGCCUGUCAACUUAUUUUUUGUAAAUUCACAAAGCUUUGGAAGGAAAAGCAAUAAAUUAUUAUUUUCAAAUGGC